AUGUUAGUACCAGUUUUUUCAUUACAAUUAAAUAAUAAAGUUUUUCCACGUACUGUUGCCGUUGGUAAAUUUAAUGGAAAACAAUCAUGUCUUGUUGGUGCUACAGCAGGAAAUAAAGUUUUUAUUCAUUCACCACGUGAUAUUAAUCCACAAGCACAACAAUUAGAAGGAAAUAUUUCUCUUCUUAAUGUUAAUCAAGUAAUAACGAGUUUAGCAUGUGGUCAACUUGAUGAACAAUUAAAAAAAGAUUUACUUGUUGUUGGAACAAGUACAAAUAUUGUUGCUUAUGAUAUUGAUCGAAAUGUUGAUAUUUUCUUUAAAGAAAAUCCAGAUGGUGCACAUGCUAUUACUAUUGGGCAUUGGGGAGAAUUACCUGAACAAUUAGCUAUUGUCGGUGGUAAUUGUUCAAUACAUGGUUUUAAUAAAAAAUGUGAAGAUGUUUUAUGGACAGUAACCGGUGAUAAUGUUUCAUCACUUGCUUUACUUGAUUUUAACAGUGAUGGUUAUAAUGAACUUGUUGUCGGUUCAGAAGAUUAUGAUAUACGAGUAUUUCGUGAAGAUCAAUUAAUUGCUGAAAUGCAAGAAACUGAAACAAUUGUAUCAAUAUGUUCAUUAGUUGGUACAAGAUUUGGAUAUGCAUUAGCUAAUGGAACAGUUGGAAUAUAUGAACGAUCAAACCGUAGUUGGCGUAUUAAAUCAAGAAAUAUUGCAGUUGUUCUACAAGCAUUUGAUGUUGAUGGUGAUGGUGUUGAUGAAUUAGUCACUGGUUGGAGUAAUGGCAAAGUUGAUAUUCGAAGUGAUCGUCACGGUGAGGUUAUAUUUAAAGAAAGUCUUAAUUCAUCAAUAGCUGGAAUUGUUAAAGCUGAUUAUCGAGUACCAGGUGAAAAUUUACUUAUUUGUUGUUCAAAUGAAGGUGAAGUUCGUGCUUUUAAAUUUUCUGAGCAAGAUUCAAAUGCAGUUGCUGCUAAUCUAUAUAAAGACCGACAAGAAGCAAUUCGAGAUUUAGCUCAAAAAAAACAAGCUAUUCUACUUGAACUUGAACAUCUUGAAGAAGCAACAAGACAAUCUCAGGAAAAAAACAGACAAAAUAAACAAAUUGUAUUUGAUUCAGAAGCAGAAAUUCCAGCGAAUACAGAAAUUCAAACAAUAUUAACUGUAGAAAAAAAACAAAAUAAUUAUCCAGCACAUAUUGCAGUCAGAAUGAAAACUUCAAAUCAUACAAUUAUUCGAGUAGUAACUAUCUUUGCUGAAGGUUUAUUCAAAGGCGAAUGUCUUGUUGUCCAUCCAGCUGCUAGUCAAGUUCAUGAAAGUAUUGCUGUACCUAUAAUUCCACCUCGAGAUGCUCCAAUCGAUUUACAUAUUCAAAUCUUUGUUGGACUUAAAUCGAGUACACUUUUUCAUGUGUUCGAAUUGGCUCGACCAUUGCCUAUUUUUUCAAUGUAUCUGCUGAUUGAAAACUCAUCUGAUCGAGAACCAAAAGGUUUUGUUACAUUUUAUAUCAAUGAACGUAUUCCACGAGUUCUUGCUUGGAUUAAUCAUGAUUUUCUUCUUGCACAAGAAUAUGCACCGAAUGCAGCAAGUCUAUAUGUUACUUUUCUAGCUGUUAGAAAUGAUUCGAAAUUAAUUAUUAAAAUGCAACAGAAUGGACAAGUAACAAUUCAAACCGAUGAUAUGGAAUUAGCUGGUAAUAUUGUUCAAUCCAUGGGUAAAUUUUUAAAUAUUGAAGAUUUACAAACAACUGGAGAUUUUCCACAAGAACUUGAAAUGCUUCAAAAAGUGUUUACUCAAAUUGAAGAAUAUCAAGUAGCUCGUCAAAGAAUUUCAUCGGAUAUGGCUGAACAUGCAAAUAUUAUUCGAAGCUUUUUAAUACGUGCUGAAGAUGCACGUUUACUUGGUGAUAUAUCUGUGAUGAAACAAAAUUAUAUUGAUUUAAUUAAUUUAAAUCGUGAUUUAAUUCAUGGAUAUAAAAUUCGAUGUACAAAUCAUGAAGAAUUAAUGAAAAAUUUACGAUUUCUUAAUCAAAUAGUACAAAAAGCUGGCAAUUUACGAAUUGGAAAAUAUAAAACAAUUGCUAUUAACCAAUGUCGUGAAGCAAUUAAAGCAAAUAAUGCACAAUUAUUAAUCAAAACGAUCAAAACUGGCAAUGUUUAA